CUUCGUGCACGUUCGUGCGUCUUCGUUCAACCGCGUGUCGGUGAGACUCGGAUGCGUCCGUUGCCAGACGGAGAUCGCAUCAGUAGGGCGCGCGUGUGUGUGUCGGUAACCGAGCCUCCAGCAUCCCAGCUAUAGUGUUUACGUUGUACGUGUAACCCAGUGUGGACAACCGUUGCUCCGAGAACCAGUACUCGCGUAUUCGAAUGCAUACGAAAAGCACCGUGUACGUGUACGACGCGUCUACGACCUAGUUUCUAAGAUGAUUCGUCGCGAGUGACAAAACCCCAUGGAGCGAUCUUUGACUCGAAUCGAAUCGAAUCCUCGAGGAUAGUUAACGACUUUCGAACGUGUUGUUCGGGGCAGCAGCGUCGCGUACGCUUUCGUAUCGACGGUGUUACGCGUAAAAUUUUCGAAAAACAAACGCGAACAACGAAAGUAGCAAUGACGAGUGAAGGAUGUGUGCGCCGAUCGUGAAAGGAUACGGAACGAGCCUGGACAUGAACGAUCACGAGGCCGUCGUUGAGUCGUGUAGUUUUCAAUCGUGGCUGUCGAGAAUUGCCGCGAUAUGAUCGAGUAAUUUUGCGAACACGUGACACGACCGUUUGCCGCCAUGAACGCAAGGGGAUAAGGAAGGAUUACUAGUCUCGCAGAAUGGAAUUUGGAGGAUACAAAGGUACCGGUCCCCGUGUUAGGGUGCGACGACGCGCGGAAUUAGGUAGACGGCUCACCAGGAGGCUAUCUCUGGUCGCGAAAAUGCCAGCUGCCAUUCUUAGCAAAGCGAACCCACCUGAACCAAGGCCGGUGGAGAUCACGGCGAUCGCUCCUGACAAGACACAGCUCACCUUGGCUGGAGUCUCUCCAGGACCCGUGUCAUCCGUGGUCGCACCCGUACUGCUGAAGUACCGUGUUUGUAGGCCUAGGUUGUUACUAGCUGGUUCCAGAGCCGAGGUCGAUCCUGCAGCCGACGUAGGAUUAUUACACGGCGAGGUUUUACUGAUCGAGGACUCCGGCAGACAGUAUGAUCCGAUAGGAGAUACGGAUCGCAGAUACAGAGCAACGGAGAAGCUUCUGCACGCCGAAGAAGAGUAUCACGAAGCUCUGUGCAGUGCCAAAGAGUUGUACGCUCGACCGUUAGCUCGAAACUAUCCGGAAUUUCACGACGACAUUUUUCAGCCGUUAGCUGAUCUCUCCGCCGUUACCGCCGAACAUUGCCAAAGGAUCCGCACCGCGUUAGAGAAUUGGGACGGCAGUACAUUCAAGUCGAGUGACUUAUUUCCUGGGUCGUUUUGGAACUCUUACUGGGAAUACCUGGAGAGCUAUGGCGAAGCCCGGAGAAUUCUGGACGAGCUUAGGGCAACGGAGGACCCCCUACUGCACUUCCUUAGUCUUAGGCAAGCGGCGGCAAGGCACUCCCCAUCUUCUUUGCUUCUUCUACCGGUCCAGAGGCUGGCCGAAUACGAAAGGUACUUGGGCCAAGAGGCACGAAACCUGGUGGAGAACGGAAACGGAAGCGUCGGAAGUGGCGCCGUUCUCCAGCGCGGUCAACUGGAAGGUGACCUUCAUCGAAUCCAGGAACUAUUUCCUGGCGACAACCUCCGGCUACACGAACGAGAUGUCCUCACUACGAAGAUGAAGAGUCUGAUUCGAAAGAGGAACGGCGGAAAUCCAGGAAGGCUGACGAGAGUGCUGUCGCAAAAGUCGUUGAACGUGUCUAGCAACUCUCCGGCUCCAAAAUCUCCGCCUAGAACCUUCCUCCUGGAAACUCCAGUUCAAUUCACCACGGGUGUACAGUCGCAGGACAGACACCUCUUUCUGUUCUCCGAUUUGUUACUCAUAGCAAAGGCUCGAAGCGGUGGUAAUUACAAACUGAAGCAGUCCGUGAGAAUGAGCGAGCUAUGGCUAACGGCCGGACAUAUAGAAGACGUGGCCGAAACGAGUAAAUCUCAGGAGACCAGCUUCGUCCUCGGCUGGCCGACGACGAACGUCGUCGCCACUUUUAUGACUGCUGCAGCUAGGGAUCUUUGGUGGGGACGUCUGACCGAGCUGGUACGAGAGGAGAGUAUGAAGGAGCCACCGGACACGAACAUUCAAGUCGUGUAUCACGACAGUGACACGAACACGGAAUACUGCAAGACUAUAAUGGUUGGAUCCGAAAUGACGGCGGCAGCUUGCGUCAAUUUAGCCACGCGAUUGUUGGACCUGCAAGGACCGUUUCAACUGUGGGCUAGAACGUCCGCGGACGAGGCACCGUAUCCGUUGAUAGGUCACGAGAGACCUUUCGCCGUGAAAUUAUCCAAUCUGCGGCAUACGCUAUCCGCGGAAGAGGGUUUCGAUUUGGAACAUUGCAACAAGAGUGGCCACGACACCUGUCACUUCAUCCUCAGGCCUGUACCGAAGUCACCGGUCAAGAAGAACAAGUCCAAGAUCACCGGAUUGCUGAGGAGAUCCCUGUCGUUGAACCCCAGUCUGUUUGGAGUCAACUUGUCCAAACUGGACGAGAACGGACUACCUAAACCCGUGUUAGUGAUGCUGCAGCAACUGUUUGCCAAAGGGCCAUUCACGCAGGGAAUCUUCCGAAAAUCUGGGAACGUGAGAAUCGUCAGAGAACUGAGAGAUCAGAUCGAGUCUACCGGUGAUCCCAGUUGUUUGGAGGAUGCUCCUAUUAUCGCGGUGGCAGCUUUGCUCAAGGAAUUCUUGAGGCAUCUGCCGGAUCCCCUUCUCACUUCUCACCUGCUUCCACUGUGGAUGGACAGCUUAGACACGCCAAAUCCUGUCCAAACUAUUAAGAAUAUUUUAGAUAGACUACCCAAAGCGAAUUACACUCUUCUGUCGCACCUGAUAUGCGUGCUGCAUCACGUGGCACGCAGGUCGAAGCACAACUUCAUGUGUGCCAGUAAUCUCGGUAUCUGUUGCGGGCCGAGUUUACUUUGGUCGCCAAAUCCUUCGGUCGAUCAGGGCAAAGUAAUUCCUACAUUGACAGAGAUGCUAAUUCGUCAUUGCGAGGUUCUUUUCGGCGAGGGUGUCACGCAAUUGUUCGGCGAAGAACGCAGCGAUAGCGGAGCCGAAGAGAGUACCGAUAGCCUUCACUCAGGUGGGCUUUCCCUGGACAGCCUGGACCUGACGGAACCACCUCGCAAAGACCACAUGUCUCUUUCGAGAGACUCCGGUCUGACACUGUCGGAUUGUCAGCUGUUCAUUCCAGAAUCUCCGGUGGGCUCCGAGGAUUCUGCCGUGAACGCUUCGACGACGAGCUUCGAUAAGUCGCUCGUCAAGGAGGACAAGUCCACCAGCAAGUCGUACAUUCGCGUCUACGGUGGUUGGGAAGAGAGAAUAAACGGUUACACCGCGACCAAUCAUCACGCGAACAGUAUCGAGCACGGCUUCAGGGAAGAGAAGAACGGUAUUGGUUACCCGAAUCCAAAUUUUCAGAGGCAAGACUGGCUGAGAGCUCAGCUGAAGAGGACACCUCGAACGAAGCUCGACGAACACGAUCAUCGCAAGGACAGGUUCGACGAGAAAGACAUCUACAGCAGGGAAUACCUCAGGCAGGACUCGAUGAAGGAAAACGUGGAGAAUUGUAAGGACAUUUACAGGAACUCGCAGCUGGACAUCACGCGAGAUCUCAGGUCGGAGUACGAGAGAGCGACGCAACAGGAUAUCUGUACGGAACGGGUCUCGAUUCAUAAUUCGGAACAGGAUCUGGCGGGCGACUCGUCUCUGUCCAGCGACCGAUACGAGUUCAAGAAGGAACGCUUCAACGAGUUCAAAAAGGUCAAGUCGGAAAUGUAUGUUAAUCGGGAAUCUCCUGUCUCGCAGAACGGUAGCUACCACUCGGGCAGCGAUCUGUACGAGUUCAAGAAAGUGAAGAGCGAGAUAUACGUGAACAAAGAGUCGACGCGCACGGAGAGAUACGAAUCUGAAAGUAGUAUCUAUGGUAAUAGGGAGAGAACGAACGAGAUGUACAGCGCAAGAGAGAGAAACGAUCUGUACUCGUUCAAGCAAGCCGAGGCGAUCGAUUUGUACGGCGACGAGGACGAGGACGAGGAGAGAACUUGGCCGGAUACACCGCCACCGCUUCCUCCACGACUGAGGCAUCUGCCACCGGUGCACAUGAAUCUGGAAGACAGACACAAAGUGGCCGGAAGGUCAAGGUCUCUGCCGCCGCCGCCUCCUUAUCGUCCACCUCCUCAACCUCGUGCUUCGGUUACCACGAGACAUCUAGGAUACGGAAGAUCCGUCGUUGAUGACGAGAGUUACGUUUAAAACAAGGUGCCACGAAACGAAUGUGUCCGCGCGCCUUCGACGAAAUCAAAGAACCGAUAAGUCGCAGGUUCGAGGUCAUCGUGUGUACGCGUUGGCUCGCGUACACGCGUGGUCUCGUUACGACUGAAACUAGUCCAAAACUGGGAACGCACGUGCGAUAUAUCAGCAACAAUAUAUAGCGACAUGUAGAGUAUCUAAUUACGUCGUCAACGAGGAACGUUAUGACCCAACAAAUCCGAGGAGAGAAAUUUAUAUAAAAGAAAAAUAAUUGUACGCGUAAAAUAGUAAAGUCAAGGAAAACGCUAUUCGUUGUUGGUGAUUCUCUUUAGCGAUAAAUUUGACUGUUAUAUAGUGAUUCAGGGUGCUUCCACGAGCCUUAAUUAUUAGGUUUCUUUUCUUCCCUUUUUUCUAAUUAGACGUUCAUAUAGAAUUAUUAUUGUUAAGUAUAUAGACUGUAGCGGACAAGACUUAUGUCGAAAUGAUAUUAUUCGUAAUCGUUUUCUUACGCGGGAAAUAUUUGUAAAAAUGAUACAAUGUAACGUGUGUAAACUGCGCGUCGAACCGAUACGAUGAAAAAAAAGAUCUCCGUGGACAUUCGAGGAAAAAUGUUGCAGUGUAACGAAGUCGUUUAGCAUUCAAUAUUCGCGGAACGAAUAACCUAUAAUAAAAUGCAAAUUUGAUUGCAACCACGCCGAGAAAAGGGAGAUAUUCGUUUCCAUUCGUUGUCUCCCGCGUCAUCUUUAAAUACGUUCACGUAGCCAAGCGCACAUCUCUCAAUCGAAAUGUCUCGGAAUUUCAAGAUCGUUCCACGUUCGAAGACUCGUUUCGAGCAACAAAACAGCGUCAACUGCCCCCAUCGCGUUUUAUCAAGUUCCCCUCUCCAUUCUCUGUAUAUUCGUAUUUCAUUUCCUUUAUAAUUUCUAUCAGGAAAUUGGUACAUCGUGGAAUAAACAUGACAAUUAAUAACUCGU